AUGUCGGACACCCGGAAAGGCGACAGGGAUCUGGAGAUCUUUUUCCCUCGGCCCUUCUUUCUCUCGCCGGAUUUCUGCCGGUCGCUGCCGUCCCAGCGAGUCUGUUCCAUGGCGGCGGCGAAAGGGUCGAAGUCCCUUGACCGAUUUUUCGGGGACAGGGCCUCCCGGAUGAAUUUCCCCGGCGAGCGGGGGGACCGCGGCGGCGGCGGCUGGGCGCGGCGGGGGCUUGAGCGGCCUAAUCCUGCCGCCGUCGAAGAGCUCGUCGGCGGGGAGGGGCUCCCGGAGCAGGUGGCCGCUAAAGUCGAAGGCGAAUUCUCCGGCGGCGUCGAGAGCGUCUUCGGCGUCGCCGUAGGUGGAGGAGGCGGCGGAGGAGGGGGCGGUGGAUUUGGGGACGCCGGGCUUCUCCUCCCAGCCGAAGGGGACGGCCGAGGCGGCGGCGGCGGAGGCGGCGGUGGAGCGGCGGUAGAAGGAGGGGCUGGAGGGAGCGCUGAUGAAGGGGGAGGUGGAGGAGCUGUCGAAGUUGAAGAAGUCGGACGCCGGAGAUGGGAUGAUGACUUCCACCUCCAUUUUCAGUGUUCAGCUUCGUACAGCUGCAAAUUAACGUGA